GCUACCAUGGCUAUUCUUGCUAGCUAUGCGAGCCUCGGAACCGUCUGCAAUGAUGGCAUACAGACCGCAACAAUAACGUGACAAUAACCCCGACACGACGCUACUAGCCCCGUGUCCCUUUAUCGCCUGCCCGUGUCAGUUCCUGGUUCUUCACAGUGUUAUGGAUGAACUAUGAAGGCCCAAUUACAAGUCACAGUGCUUUCUGCCAAACUCAAGGAAAACAAAAAGAACUGGUUCGGUCCCAGUCCGUACGUAGAGGUAGCCGUGGACGGCCAAUCAAAGCGGACAGAAAAGUGCAACAAUACGCAUAGUCCGAAAUGGAAGCAGGCUGUCACCGUUAUCGUGACACCUGUCAGCAAGCUGAUAUUCCGCGUGUGGAGCCACCAGACACUGAAGGCGGACAUCUUGUUGGGAAUGGCUACGCUGGAGAUCUGUGACACCCUGAAGGCCAACGAGCUGAAAUUGUGCGAGGUGGUCCAGACACUGCAGCUGUGUUCUGACAGAGAUUCCCGAGAUAUCGUCGGCGACCUGUCUGUCUGUCUGGAUGGCAUGCAUGUGGACCCGGAAGCCUUUUCCGCAGCAGAGAGAGACCAUGCUUCUAUCCUAAAAGAUGGCGCCAGACCAAAUGGCAACAGGGCAAGCAGAGACGCGUCGCCCUCCAGCGACUUGGAUGAGUGGGUCAUCGUGCCCGAUGCUCGCACUGUCAAUGGCGCAAACUCCCCUUGCCGUUCUCCAGGCGGACCCGGCGGGUCUUUUCGCUCUCGAUUGGCCCGGCCUUCUUCUGCACCUGGUAGACCUGCCAUCUCACCAAGUACUUCCUCCAGCAGCUCCUCUCCUAGCGAGAUGAGCGAGGGUCCGGCAACCGACGCCUCCUCCCAGGCAUCCACCAGUGGGGGUUUGGAUCAGCAGGUGGAUUCUGGGUCAGCCGGAGCUAUAGCCAGGCCCCCGGCGGAGAGUGGCCCCACGCCAGCGGCCCUGGCAGCACCUUCCGCAGCCGCUCCGAGAGUCUCGCCUAUGAGCAGCGGCCCCUUGCCGCAAGGUUGGGAGCAGCGAAUGACCCAGAAUGGACGCAUGUACUUUGUAGAUCACAUUGAGAAGAGAACAACCUGGGAACGGCCAGAGUCGCUGCCUACAGGGUGGGAGCGCAGGGUAGAUCCCAUGGGCCGCGUCUACUUUGUCGACCACAUCACCAGGACCACCACUUGGCAGCGCCCCACGCAGGAGUCCGUACGCAACUACGAGGAGUGGCAGCAUCAGCGCAGUCAGCUGCAGGGAGCCAUGCAGCAGUUCAACCAGAGGUUCAUCUACGGGUUUCAGAUUCAGGACCAGUUGGCGGCCACCUCUAACAAAGAGUUUGAUCCACUGGGUCCUCUGCCACGUGGCUGGGAAAAGAGAACGGACACAAAUGGCAGGGUGUAUUUUGUCCAUCACCCGACCCGAACGACCCAAUGGGAAGAUCCCAGGACACAAGGGCUGCUGAAUGACAAGCCUUUGCCCGAGGGCUGGGAGAUGAGGUUCACCGUGGACGGCAUCCCUUACUUUGUGGAUCACAACAGGCGAACCACCACCUACAUUGACCCUCGCACGGGCAAAUCCUCGCUUGAAAACGGACCGCAGAUUACCUACGUCAGGGAUUUCAAAGCCAAAGUGCAAUACUUCAGGUUCUGGUGUCAGCAACUGUCAAUGCCUCAGUACAUUAAGAUUUCUGUGUCCAGGAAAACCUUGUUUGAGGACUCAUUCCAACAGAUCAUGAGCUUCCACCCUCAAGAUCUGAGACGGAGACUGUAUAUCAUUUUUCCUGGGGAGGAAGGUUUGGACUAUGGCGGUGUAGCCAGGGAAUGGUUUUUCUUGCUCUCUCAUGAAGUGCUCAACCCCAUGUACUGCCUUUUCGAGUAUGCCGGCAAGGAUAACUACUGUCUGCAAAUCAACCCCGCCUCCUACAUCAACCCGGACCACCUCAAGUACUUCAAGUUCAUCGGGCGCUUGAUCGCCAUGGCUUUGUUCCAUGGCAAGUUCAUCGACACGGGUUUCUCGUUGCCCUUCUACAAGCGCAUCCUGAACAAGCCUCUGGCCCUCAAAGACUUGGAGUCUGUGGAUCCCGAGUUUUACAACUCUCUUAUAUGGAUCAAGGAUAACAACAUAGAAGAGUGCGGUCUGGAGAUGUUCUUCUCCGUCGACAAAGAGAUCCUGGGAGAGGUGACCACGCACGAGCUCAAACCGGAUGGUGGCAACGUUCAAGUGACUGAGGAAAACAAGGAGGAGUACAUCAGGUUGGUGGCCGAGUGGAGGCUGUCCAGAGGUGUGGAGGAGCAGACCCAGGCCUUCUUUGAGGGCUUCAACGAAGUUCUGCCGCAGCAGUACCUUCAAUACUUUGACGCGAAGGAGCUAGAGGUGAUGCUGUGUGGCAUGCAGGAGAUUGACCUGGUGGACUGGCAGAGGAACACCAUCUACAAGAAUUACGCUCGGACAAGCAAGCAAAUAUGUUGGUUCUGGCAGUUUGCAAAGGAGAUGGACAAUGAGAAGAGGAUGCGACUGCUGCAGUUUGUAACGGGAACAUGUCGCCUUCCCCUCGGCGGCUUUGCUGACCUCAUGGGAAGCAACGGCCCGCAGAAGUUCUGCAUUGAAAAGGUGGGAAAAGAGAACUGGCUUCCGCGAAGCCACACAUGCUUUAAUCGUCUGGACCUGCCUCCGUACAAGAGCUACGAGCAACUUAAGGAGAAGCUCAUGCUCGCCAUCGAAGAGACUGAAGGUUUCGGGCAGGAGUAACCACAGCACGCUGCACCUUUCUCCUUGCGUCUCUACAGCCAGCACCUGCUUUUAUCCCCACGCCACAUCGACCGUAUGCAAUCACAGCUGCUUCAAGAGCUGUUUGAGACCUUCUCCAUCUCCUCUCUGCAUCUAAUCUGAAAUCACAACCUGUGCACGUGUGAAAUAGAUUUGAAAUCCAGAUGAUAUUUGGUUUCUUCUUUAAUCUCUGCAAAAGUGUUGUGACUGGACUGACUGAGAUGUAGCACGCACACUUCCUUUCUUCACCAUUUUCCUAAAGUGUCACUUUUGAGUUGCUCACUUUCUUGAACGUAGUUUGCACGUGAACUGUGAGUGGCAAAGGCCGUGUGAUUGUCCCAGAGAGAUCUUGUAUUUUUUUAAAGUGCAGUAGUUUUGUAACUCUACCAACAAUCAUUUCUGAUCACUUUACGGGAUAUGUUUCCACUUACUUAGUGCGCACUUCACUCUCCAAUGUGUUGCAUAUAGUUGUCGUUUUAAUUUCAUAGGACCAAACGUCCCUCAAAUAAGGGACACUUCCAAUGUAAUGUAAAUACGUUGGACCUUGGGGGGGAGGGGGGUCCUUUUGUAAUCUGUGGAUGAAUAACAAAUAGUAAUUGGUUGGAAAAAAAAUGUUACUGAUGAAGUGGGAACAAUCCUGUGUGUUGCAAUUUGUAAGAUAAUGUUCUAUUCCCACUGAGUGGUAGCAAAGUCUUGUGUCUACAAAAUGAUCUUCGGUAGAUAAGAAGCGGAACCAUGAGUAUUUAAUGUGUUAAGUGACUAAUGGAAUUGAAAUACACUCGUUUAAAUUCACACAAAUAGUGAUUUCUCUUUGUGAUUGGUACCUGGAAGUAAAACGGAUGGCCCUAGUUUUAUAGGGCGUCAGAUAUGAUCAUUAUUGAGGCUUUAUUUCCCCUUUGAGGAUCAAUCUGACACGCUGUUUGCAAGUCUUAUUUAGAAUAAGGAAGGAGGGGG